GGGACUGCGGCUGCGCUGGCCGCCGGAGGCCGGGUGCAGGUAGUGGCUGCUCGCUCCUCUUCUCCUUCCGCCCUGCAGCUCCGAGUCGGGUCGGCGCUGCGUGGGGAGAGGGCUGUGGAGGACCCGGCUCAUACCAAGCACCUGAGAAAAACCACCUUGGAUGUUGUUUCUUAGGCCUUUAAGGUCUUUCAACAGCAGUCAAUACCUGCUGGGCGUGUCGUGGCCUGCUGCGGGCACGUCUCUGAUCCUCUGAGUCUCAACCAUGCUGUCAAACGGCUGGCAAAGUUUCCUAAAAGUUACAAGCCCUCAUCGAAUACACACAAGGUUGUGCCAGCGAUUGAUAAGUGAAAGGAGGUUUUUCGGAACUGUGCCGACACCCAGAUUGCGUAGGCGGGUUGUCGUUACAGGCAUUGGCUUAGUGACUCCUCUGGGUGUUGGCACUCAGCUGGUGUGGGAUCGUCUUAUCCAGGGAGAGAGUGGAAUCGUUUCACUGGUCGGUGAAGAGUAUAAGAGUGUCCCUUGCAGUGUUGCUGCUUAUGUGCCAAGAGGUUGUGAUGAAGGUCAAUUCAACGCACAAAACUUUGUGCCCAAAUCAGAUAUCAAGUCCAUGUCUUCUCCCACCGUUAUGGCCAUUGGGGCUGCUGAGUUAGCCUUGAAAGAUUCCAGCUGGCAUCCUCAGUCAGAAGCUGACCAAGCAGCUACUGGUGUUGCAAUUGGCAUGGGAAUGGUUCCCCUUGAAGUGAUUUCUGAAACCGCUUUGAUGUUUCAGACGAAAGGUUACAGUAAAGUCAGCCCAUUCUUUGUCCCUAAGAUUCUGGUCAGUAUGGCUGCAGGCCAGGUCAGCAUUCGCUAUAAACUCAAGGGCCCUAAUCAUGCAGUGUCCACAGCCUGUACCACGGGAGCUCAUGCUGUGGGAGACUCUCUGAGGUUCAUAGCCCACGGAGAUGCUGAUGUGAUGGUGACUGGAGGUGCCGACUCUUGCAUCAGCCCUUUGUCGCUUGCUGCGUUUUCCAGAGCCCGGGCUCUGAGCACAAACUCUGAUCCGAAGUUGGCAUGUCGGCCAUUCCAUCCCAAGAGAGAUGGUUUUGUGAUGGGAGAAGGUGCGGCCGUGCUGGUGCUGGAAGAACACGAGCAUGCUGUUCAAAGAGGGGCUCGGAUCUAUGCAGAGAUUUUGGGCUACGGACUCUCAGGUGAUGCCAGUCACAUAACCGCCCCUGAUCCUGGAGGAGAAGGUGCCUUAAGAUGUAUGGCUGCUGCUAUAAAAGAUGCAGGUGUACAGCCUGAAGAGAUAUCCUAUAUCAACGCACAUGCUACUUCCACACCGUUGGGAGACGCUGCUGAAAACAAAGCCAUCAAACAUCUUUUCAAAGAGCACGCCCACGCCCUUGCCGUCUCCUCCACCAAGGGGGCCACGGGACACCUGCUGGGGGCCGCCGGGGCCGCUGAGGCAGCUUUCACCUCCCUGGCUUGUUAUCAUCGAAAACUGCCACCUACUUUAAACCUGGACUGUACAGAACCAGAAUUUGAUCUCAAUUAUGUUCCACUCAAGGCGCAGGAAUGGAAACCUGAGAAAAGAUGUAUUGGACUCACCAAUUCCUUUGGUUUUGGUGGUACAAAUGCAACACUUUGUAUUGCUGGCAUGUAGGACAAAUCAUUUGUCAUUAAAUAUUGAUUUUUUUACCUGUUAUAAACUGCGUUAAUUGUGAAAUAAUAUAUCUAUGUAAAUGCAUAUUUUUAUAUAUCAAUAUCCAGAUACGCUUUAUCUUUGUCAGGGUUUCUCAGCUUUGGCACUGCUGACGUUUUGCGCAAGGCAAUUCUUCGUUGGGGAGAGGGGAGCUGUCCUAUGCAUCGUGGGAUGCUUUACAGCGUCCUAGUCUCCACCCCCUAGAUUCUGGUAGCAUCUCCUUCCCCAGUGGUGACAGCUAAAAACGUCUCUAGACAUUUCCCCCUGUUUCCUGGGGAGGGGGGACAAAAGUGAGAAGGGAACAGCCUUCUGCAUGUGUUAAUGGGCGGCUCGUAUUACCUUUGCUGCAGCACUUUAUCCCCUAUAUGCCUAAGUCUCCAGUCAUGUUCAUUCAGUGGUAAUCAGUCUUAAUUCUCAUUGGCAUAUGGUUUGUUCAUUUGAAAUUUAUUGGGUGCCCGCUGUGGACCUGGUUUUGUACUGGCCACCAGCAAUAAAGUGAUAUGUCAGGAAAGGCUUCCUAAGGGUGAAAAGGUCUCAGCCAGGUUACAGGGGAAGGAAGAGUAUUCCAGCCAGGAGGCAUAGUGUGGAACGGCUAGGAAAUUUAGAGAAAACCUCAGGACCAAAUGUAAAUAUUUCAGUCCUUAUAGCCUGAGAUGGGAGUAGGAGAUAAAGCCAGAAGACCUGGUGGAAAUCAGGUCACAAAGAACCUUAUAAGUUCUGUUAAGGCAGUGAGAGUAAUGGAAGCCAUCUAAGGUUUGGUGUGUUACCGCUGGUUUUGUAACGUGUCAGGUUGGCUAGGCUGAACCGCAUUUCCCAGAAUUCGGUCUACCGUAUGUUUUUUGGUUAGGGCUGGCCACGAGAGAGUCUUGUAGGAGGUAUGCAGGGUGACGUGAAGCAGCAGCCAUUUUAUAGCUCAUGUGUGUUGCGGCUUUGCUGGCUGACUUCUUUUUUUUUUAAAUAAAUUUAUUUAUUUUUUUGGC